AUGUCUGUCACUCCGCCUCCCGCAACUUGGACCACGCACCGACCUGGUGCUCAUGGCUGGGACAACCAAGUUUGGGCAGUUCCCACCAGUAUCUGGAAUGAGGCGUACGAGGCCCAGACCCGGAUCCGCUUUCAUUCCAUCAGCGCCGAGAUCGGCGUGUCAUUUGGCCCGACUUUCGAACUUCGUGCGCUCGCAUUGCAGCUGGGUAUCAGCGCUGGGCACUGCCAAGUCGCGGCUCAUUACCAACUGCUCUCGAUACCUCCCACUAUUUUUCAUUUCGGACCGUACACUAUCGAGCACUUUGAACGCGAAUGCAGGUCCGAGGCGCGCAUGGUAGCCCGCGAGCAGGCCCGCCAAUCGGUGAUCCUCCAAGCAGCAGAGGGACCCUCCAGCAGCUGGCCCGGCGUGAUGCACCCGUACGCGUACAUUGCGCCAACGCACAGCUUUCCUUCCACCCUAUCGAUGACGACUGGCCAGCUGUCCCACGAGGGUGCCAUGAGCUCUGCGUACACUACGGCAUCUUCCUCCCGCCGCACGACCGCGCGCGAGAGCUGGAUCAGUACACGCACCCACAGCGUCCAGCUCCCUUCCCAGCAGAGCGAAGAGGAAGUGAGCUACUUCAGCGAGCACUCUGGCGCCUCGGAGCAAGGGCACACCGAUGCUACCCAAGAGGAAAGUAGGGGCAGGUGGUGGGGCAGCCUGAGGGGCUGGAGGGGCAGCCGGUAG